AUGGUGGGAGCGUUGGAAACAAUCUCCCACCGCUCCCAGAAAUGGGUGCCAUCAAGGAAAAUAGGACGAGAUGAAACACGAGCCGCAAGAAAUUAUCGGUCAUUCACUUCAACUCCGAGAGCUUCAUUGUCCCUCGAUCGAGGUUCUUCAGAUGUCCAAAAAGCUCAUGCGUACUGCUCGAGCCUUGUUCGGAACUAUGACUCCCCUUCUUAUACGUUGGCUCACUUCAUCCGACCGCACAUGCUGCCGGCGUAUCUCGCGAUCCGCGCAUUCAACAUCGAACUGGCUCGAAUACCCGACCUGGUGUCAAUGCCUCAAAUUGGUGCGAUGAGGAUGCAGUUCUGGCGGGAAACCAUCGACAAAACCUUCAACCUCACUCCUCCGCCUGAGCCCGUUGCUAUUCUAUUAGCUUCCUACCUCAAACAAGGGUACAAGCUCAACAAGACCUGGUUUCGGCGAAUUAUCACCGCCAGAGAUCGCAAAUUGACCCAUCCUGGGUUCACCAACAUGGCCGAGCUUGAAUCUUACGCCGAGUCAACUUAUUCGACCUUGUUGUAUUUGACGCUUUCGGCACUUCCCCUCAAGUCCCUGACCAUGGAUCACUUGGCCUCUCAUGUCGGGAAAGCUGCUGGCAUUGCAACUGUCCUACGCGGAGUGCCCUUGCUCGCAUUUCCUCCUCCUCCCAAUCGCCACUCCAAUAAUCCUACUGGCCAGGGGUUCCCUCCGAGUCGCGAAAACCAAGGCUCGAUCUCGUUGCCCUUGGAUAUCAUGUCACAGUGCGGUGUCCGAGAAGAAGAUAUCUUCCGAAAUGGAGAAAAUGCAGCGGGCAUCCGUGAUGCAGUUUUCACAGUCGCCACCCGCGCCUCCGAUCAUCUGAUCACCGCCAGAACCAUGCUGAAAAAUGUCCAAGAAUAUCAAGAUCCCGGACACGAAUUCGAGCACAUGCAUGAUGAAGGCCACGAAUACAGCAAAUAUGAUAUCGGGGUCAGGAUGUCUGCUGAGAAGAGGAAAGCGGACAAUGACAGGGGAUUCGGAAUUGUGAUGGGUCCAGCCGUCAGCACCCAGUUAUGGCUGGACAGAUUGCAAAAGGUUGAUUUCAACAUCUUCGACGACAGUCUGCGGCGAGUCGAAUGGAAGCUGCCAUUUGUUGCUUGGUUACGCCAUAAAAGAGGAGAACUGUGA